AUGGAUCAGUGGGACCGACGAUGCCGUGUAGCCACUUGCACUGUCAAUAACUGGGCAUUGGAUUUUCGAGGAAAUUAUGAACGAAUUGUGAAAACCUGUUCUGAAGCCUAUGCUCUCGGAGCACGUAUUCGUCUUGGUCCUGAACUGGAAAUUCCCGGUUACGGAUGUGCGGAUCACUUUUUCGAAUUGGACACCGAAAGACACUCAUGGGAAAUGUUGAGCAAACUGGUUGAAAAGAGUAAAGAGUGGCCUGAACUUCUAGUUAUUACUGGACUACCAACUCGGUUCCGUGGAUUGCUUUACAACUGCGCUGCCGCCCUGAAGAAUGGAAAACUCUUAUUCAUUCGUGCAAAGAUGGGGUUAGCAGAUGAUAACGUCUACAGAGAGUCCAGAUGGUUUGUCAAAUGGACAGAAACAUUCAAACACUACGAAAUGCCGUUAAACUCACAAAUUCAUUUCGAACAGAGCACUGUUCCUUUUGGCGACGGAAUUCUAGAAUCUUCUGACAAUGCUCGUGUUGGAUUUGAGAUUUGCGAGGAGCUUUGGUCUUCGCGUUCUACAAACAUCCGAUUAGCAGAGCAAGGAGUUGAUAUCAUUUGCAAUGGAUCAGGAAGCCAUCAUAUUCUAGGAAAAUCUAAUUACCGUAUCAAUCAACUCAUUCUUGGAUCAUCUGCUAAAGUAGGAGGAGUUUAUUUGUAUGCGAACCAUCGCGGAUGCGACGGGGAUCGAGUUUACUACGAUGGUGCGUCGUCGAUUGCUCAGAAUGGAGAUUUAUUGGCUCAAAUUCAUCAGUUUGAUAUUGAAGAUACAUGUGUGGCCACCGCCAUUGUUGAUUUAUCUGAAAAUUCCGUGUUCCGCCAAAUGAAGUCAAGUGAUCGAGGAAAUGCUUCGGAUCAAAAAACUGUUGUUCCAAUAAGGUUCGAUGGAAAUAUGGCUGAAGGUGUCAAAUUCAAUGAAAAGUGUACAGAAAGAAUGACAAACGUGGAAGAUCUGCAACUGUCACCAAUUGCUGAACUCUGCUAUGGACCUCCUGCGUACCUUUGGACAUAUUUGCGGAGAAGUGGAAUGGCUGGAUACUUUAUCCCACUCUCUGGUGGCCAAGAUUCUUCUGCGGUUGCUGCUAUGGUUCGAUUGAUGUGCGAAAAAGUUUGUGGUGCUGUGAAGAAACGGCGAGAAACUGACGGCGGAGACGACCCUGCUUAUUACUUGGGAGGAAAGAAAGUUACUGAAGAUGUUGCUGAACUUUGUAAUCAGGUGCUGUUCACGUGUUACAUGGCCAGCGAACAUUCAUCAGAUGAAACAAGACAGUGUGCUGAAGGACUUGCAAGAAAUGUCAACAGUAACCAUUGCGGAAUUUUCAUCGACACUGUUGUCAGCUCCAUUCUUAAAGUGUUCAAGGUGGCAUAUGGUUUCAUGCCCUCCUUCCAGAACUCAGAUAAUCGAGAGAUAAUGGCUUUGCAAAACAUCCAAGCUCGUAUCAGAAUGGUUCUUGCUUAUCUCUUUGCUCAACUUGCCCUGGUAUCUCAUAAACGCCCUGGAGGCCUUCUUGUUCUGGGAACAGCAAAUGUUGAUGAAAGUUUAGUUGGAUAUCUCACAAAAUACGAUUGCUCAUCUGCUGACAUCAAUCCGAUUGGAUCUGUGAGCAAGAGAGAUUUGCGUCAAUUUUUGGAAAUUGCUCAUGAUAAAUACGGAAUGACAGCUUUACGCAGUGUCAUUGAUUCGACUCCAACUGCAGAAUUGCGGCCACUGGUGGAUGGAAAAGUGUCGCAAACGGAUGAAGCCGAAAUUGGAUUGACCUAUGAUGAACUUUCAGUAAUCGGAAGACUCCGAAAGCCAGGAGGAAUGGGUCCAUAUGGAAUGUUCUUGAAAUUAAUCACACUUUGGGGAGACAAGUAUUCGGUUGAAGAGAUAGAGGAAAAAGUUCGAAAAUUCUGGUGGAGAUAUCGUGUGAAUCGCCACAAGGCAACCGUUUCCACUCCUGCGAUCCACGCUGAAAACUAUAGUCCAGAUGACCAUCGAAACGACCAUAGACCAUUCUUGUAUCCUGAUUUCUCUUAUCAAUUCGAGCGAAUCCGGGAAAAGGUCGAGGAGCUCAAACAAUCUAGAAACUGA